AUGAAUGGCCGGACCGUCAUGGAGGAGAUGCCGUUCGACAGAGUCAAGACGAGGCGGAGGAGGAAGGGACACUGCCCGGCCGGGGCGCCGCUGGGGGCCGCCGGCUGCGAGGACCAGUUCAGCAGCCGGGAGCUGGAGGCUCUCUUCCAGAACUACAACCUGAAGCUGGAGCAGACCGCCACCCUGAAGGCGCUGGCGGUGCUCAUCGUGGCCGCGUCGUCGCUGUCCCUGGUGGAGCUGCUGUCCAGCCCGCGGCUCACCUUGUCCAAGGGCUCGCACCCGGUGCACUGCGUGGUCUUCCUCUCGCUCUUCAUCGUCACCAACGUCAAGUACCUGCAGGUGACGCAGCUGCAGCAGAUCGCCAAGCUCGCGCUGCUCUUCAGCUUCACGUUCGCGCUGCUCUGCUGCCCCUUCCCGCUGCUGGCGCCCGGGACGCCGGAGCCGGUGUCCGCCGCGGCCCCGGAGCAGGGCGUGUGGCAGCUCAUGCUGGUCACCCUCGUGGCUUACGUGCUGCUGCCGGUGCGCACGCUGCUGGCCGUGCUGUUCGGGCUGAUGCUGGCCGUGUCCCACUUCAUUGUCAUCGCCACGUCCAUCACAGGGAGGAGACAGAAGCUGUGGAGACCGCUGGUGGCCAACGCCGUGCUCUUCACCAGCGUCAACUUGUCAGGGGUGUUUGUGAGGAUUCUCACCGAGCGCACCCAGCGGAAGGUCUUCCUGCAAGCCCGAAACUGCAUCGAGGAGCGUCUGAGGCUGGAGGAUGAAAAUGAGAAGCAGGAGCGUCUGCUAAUGAGCCUGCUCCCCAGAAAUGUUGCCAUGGAGAUGAAGGAGGACUUCCUGAAGCCUCCUGAGAGGAUCUUUCAUAAGAUCUACAUCCAGCGUCAUGACAAUGUCAGCAUCCUGUUUGCAGACAUCGUAGGUUUCACCAGCUUGGCCUCUCAGUGCACCGCUCAGGAACUGGUCAAGUUGCUCAACGAACUGUUCGGGAAGUUUGAUGAACUGGCUACAGAGAAUCACUGCAGGCGUAUAAAGAUACUGGGUGAUUGUUACUACUGUGUGUCUGGACUCACGCAGCCCAAAGCGGACCACGCCCACUGCUGCGUAGAGAUGGGACUCGAUAUGAUUGACACCAUUGCGUCUGUGGUGGAGGCGACAGAGGUGGAUCUGAACAUGCGAGUUGGUCUGCACACGGGUCGAGUUCUGUGUGGAGUACUGGGCUUGAGGAAGUGGCAGUAUGACGUCUGGUCAAAUGAUGUCACGCUGGCAAAUGUGAUGGAGGCUGGAGGGCUGCCCGGCAAGGUGCACAUCACGAGGACCACCCUGGAGUGCCUGAAUGGAGACUACGAGGUGGAACCAGGCUUCGGUCACGAGAGGCACUCCUUCCUGCAGAAGCACCACAUCGAGACAUUCUUCAUUGUGCCGUCACACAGACGCAAAAUCUUUCCGGGCAUCAUCCUGUCUGACAUCAAACCAGCGAAGAGGAUGAAAUUUAAAACAGUCUGUUACCUUUUGGUGCAGCUGAUGCACUGCAGGAAGAUGUUCAAGGCUGAGAUCCCUUUUUCCAACGUCAUGACCUGCGAGGACGAUGACAAGCGGCGAGCCCUGCGGACCGCCUCGGAGAAGCUGAGGAAUCGGACAUCCUUCUCGGCCACUGCCGUACAGCACUCACCGGCCACACGAGUCAACCGCUACAUCGGGCGGCUCAUUGAGGCACGGCAGACCGAGUCAGGAACAUCAGACCUGAACUUCCUCACCCUUUUCUACAGGAGCAGGGACAGGGAGCGCAGGUAUCACCAGGUAUCUGACGACCACUUCAUCAGCGCCGUGGUUCUCUCGCUGGUCCUGGCUGCUCUGUUUAGCCUUCUCUAUCUACUGAUGAUCCCUCAGGGGGUGCUGGUGCUGCUGCUGCUGGUCCUGUGUGUGUGUUUCCACGUGGCCUGUGUGAUGUACCUGCAUCUCACCAGGGUCCAGUGCCAACCGGGCUGUCUCACCAUCCAGAUCCGAACAGUUCUGUGCAUCUUCCUCGUUCUGCUCACCUACUCUGUUACUCAGGCCUGCGUGGUGGGUUGUGUCCCGUGGGGACGGGUUGAGAUGAACUCCAGCCGUCCUGCAGAGGACAGUCCUCCCAGGUCCAGACCUGCUAACAACGGCACGGUAUUGGGGCGGGCUGGUCCCAGUGUGGGGUACGCCCUGCUGUCCUGCGUGGCCGGCACCCUCACCGUGGUCCCUUACCUCCGCGUCUCCUCGCUCCCCAAGAUCCUGCUGCUCGUCCUCCUCUCUGUUACCUACACAGUUGUCAUGGAAACCAGCGGCUACCGUCAGGCUGUGGGCGGUGGCUUUUUGCACACGCGAGGCUACGACCCUGUUCUGGCUGUGGUUCUGUUUUCUGGAGCUCUGGCUCUUCACUCCAGACAGCUGGACCUUAAACUGCGGCUCGAUUAUCUCUGGGCCACUCAGGCAGAGGAGGAGAGAGACGAAAUGGAGAAGGUGAAGCUGGACAACAAGAGGAUCCUGUUCAACCUGCUGCCGGCCCACGUGGCUCAACACUUCCUCAUGUCCAACCCCAGGAACAUGGACUUGUACUAUCAGUCGUACGCUCAAGUAGGCGUGCUGUUCGCCUCCAUCGCCAACUUCAACGACUUCUACAUCGAGCUGGAUGGGAACAACAUGGGAGUCGAGUGUCUGAGGCUGCUCAAUGAGAUCAUCGCCGAUUUUGACGAGCUGAUGGAUAAAGAAUGCUACAGGGAUAUUGAGAAAAUUAAGACGAUCGGCAGCACGUACAUGGCUGCCGUAGGGCUGGUUCCUACGACUGCUUCCAAGACAAAGAAGUCCAUCACCUCACAUUUAUGCACGGUGUCAGACUUCGCCAUUGAGAUGUUUGACGUCCUGGAUGCCAUCAACUACCAGUCUUACAACGACUUCGUCCUGAGAGUAGGUAUCAACGUUGGACCAGUGGUGGCAGGAGUGAUCGGAGCCCGGAGGCCUCAGUACGACAUCUGGGGAAACACCGUGAACGUAGCCAGCAGGAUGGACAGCACCGGGGUCCAAGGAAAGAUUCAGGUGACGGAGGACGUGCACCGCCUCAUUACAGACUACUACACCUUCGUUUGUCGAGGUCAGGUCAGCGUAAAGGGCAAAGGUCAGAUGCUUACGUACUUCCUGGAGGGUCAGAGACCAGGGAGCCGUCCGCCUCAAAGCCAGCAGCGUGCCAACCCCGAGCGCCGCUCCAGCGCCUUCUCCCAUGGCAGCCUGUGCACCCGGCUGAGCCCCGUCCCCACGGUGACCACCUAUUCUAACAUCAGGACCCUGAGCCCGAGCGUGGCCCAACCAACCACCUCCACCAGCACCACAAGGUACCUGCCGUCAGUCCCCGCGGCGAUGGUGUGACUCUGUCCCACUGCGAGGGUGAAA